AGGAGUAGCGGUGCGGCAGGAGCGGGGCUGAGGGAAGGAGGAGGCGGUGGCGGCAUGAGGUGACCGGCCUGGCCUUCCUUCCUUCCUUCUUGGCUUCUUCCCUGGAGAUGGCUCCCCGGCGCCGCCCCCCGGAGCUGUACCGCGCUCCGUUCCCGCUCUACGCGCUCCGGCUCCACCGGGGGUCCCCGCUGCUGGCGCUUCUGGCCGGGGGAGGAGGCGCCGCCAAGACCGGCAUCGCCAACGCCCUGGUCGCAGGGCAAGCUGCCCUCCCACAGAGCGUCGCUCGGACCAAGGCCAAGCCCCCUCCCACCGGCCCGGACGGCACCCACAGCGAGACCCCGGGCGUGACGGUGGAGACCCUGCACUGCGUCCAGACCGACACCAGCCCGGACGCCCUGCAGAAGGCCGUCUGCUUCAGCAGCGACCACUCGCUCCUGGCCACCGGCGGCGUGGAUGGGUUCCUGCGCGUCUGGGAGUUUCCCAGCAUGAAGAAGGCCCUUGAGUUCCAGGCCCACGACGGGGAGAUCGAGGACAUCGCCCUCAGCCCCGAUAACAAGGUGGUGACGGUGGGGCGGGACUUCCGGUGCUGCGUGUGGCAGCGGGACCAGAUGGUGACGGGGCUGCUCUGGAACGAGAACCUGCCGGGCAUCCCGGACAAGGCCUACCGCUACCAGGCUUGCAGGUUUGGGGCGGUGGAGGACCAAGGGCAGGCCCUGCGUCUGUACACGGUGCAGAUCCCCCACAAGCGGGAGCGCCGCCCGCCCCCCUGCUACCUCACCAAGUGGGACGGGCACAGCUUCCUGCCCCUGCUCACCCGGCCCUGCGGCAACGAGGUCGUCUCCUGCCUCUCCGUCAGCGACACAGGCACAUUCCUGGGGCUGGGCACCGUCACGGGUUCGGUGGCCAUCUUUGUCGCCUUCUCCUUGCAGAGACUGUAUUAUGUCCGGGAGGCGCAUGGGAUCGUGGUGACCGCCGUGGCCUUCCUGCCCGAGACCCCGGAGUUGCGGAAGGAGAACGAGGCCGCCCUGCUGAGCGUCGCCGUGGACAGCCGCUGCCACGUGCACCGCAUCCCUUGCCGACGGAGCUUCCCCGUCUGGCUGCUGCUGCUCCUCUGCGCCGGCCUGAUUGUGGCCGCGGUGGUCCUCCUGCAGCUGGCCUUCCCAGGGUUCCUGUGACGACAACUCCUCCUCCUCCUCCUCCUUUGUAUGAGCCAUGGACCUUGGUACGGACCCAUGGGAGGCCAAAGAGGCCGACCAAGACUGGCCUGAGCAGCGGACAGUGGGCCGAGGGUCAAGUCCUGCUCUUCAGAAGGCAGAGAGACAGCCUUUCCGCCCAUUCUGUGUUGACUGGCCGUAGGGAUUAUUCCAGACUCGGCUGUACUUGGCAGGCAACAAGGAGGCCUGUUCCGGACCAUGAAGACAGUGGUGGGCUCGGAGCCCAUGAUUAAACAGGAUGAUGGAGCAAA